GUUUAACGACAGUUUGAGACAUGGCUAGUAGCCGUAGGCACCCGCAGCCGCGAACCCCAUGGCACCAAACCAGGACAGGCAUAUUUCACCAAACCAAGGCAUAUUCUGUCUCUGAUCCCCAAACCUUCCACUUCCUCGACCUCUCCGAAUCAGCUCCUAUGAAGACUGUCAGUACCCUUCUGUGUUUUCCCAACAGUAACGCUGUCGAAACAGGGGCAGGACAAGAAAAAUCCAAAACGAUGGGAGCCCGUAAAGCGCUGACGCGUUCGAUCGCCAUUCUCGUCCUCGCGCAGGCGGCGGCCACGGUCGCCGUGAUGGGGCAGAGCGGCGGCGCGAUACCCACCACCCUCGAGGGUCCGUUCGAGCCCGUCACGCGCCGCUUCGACCCGUCCCUCCGCUUGGGCAGCGACGACUUGCCCAUGGAUCACCCGAGGCUCAAGAAGAACGUCACUUCCUCGUUCCCAGAGCAGAUCUCGCUCGCGCUGUCCACCGAUCCUAGCUCCAUGUGGGUCUCUUGGAUCACAGGGGAUGCUCAGAUUGGCAAGAAUGUGACUCCACUCGAUCCGUCAUCGGUGGCCAGUGAGGUUUGGUAUGGUACGGAGAGUGGGAAGUACACGAGCCAGCAAGAUGGCAGGUCUGCUGUCUACAGUCAACUAUACCCGUUCAAGGGGCUCUUGAAUUACACCUCUGGCAUUAUUCAUCAUGUCAGACUCAAAGGUCUUAAAGCUGGUAUUACUUAUUAUUUUAAGUGCGGCGACAGUUCUCUUCCAGCUAUGAGCGACGAAUAUUCCUUCAAGACCAUGCCCUCAUCCAGUCCAAAUGCAUAUCCCAGUCGUAUAGCCGUUAUCGGAGAUUUAGGUCUCACGAGCAAUUCUUCGACAACCGUAGAUCACGUGAUCAAGAAUGAUCCAGCCUUGGUUUUGAUGGUUGGAGACUUGACUUAUGCAAACCAGUAUCUCACCACUGGGGGACAAGGUGCUUCGUGCUUCUCUUGUUCGUUUCCAAAUGCACCCAUUAGGGAGACGUAUCAACCUCGCUGGGAUGGCUGGGGAAGGUUCAUGGAACCAUUGACGUCGAGAGUGCCUAUGAUGGUCAUAGAAGGCAACCACGAGAUUGAACCCCAAGUUGAUGGGAUCACCUUCCAAUCUUACCGAACAAGGUUUGCCGUUCCCUCGGAGGAGAGUCGUUCCAACAGCAGUUUCUACUACUCCUUUAAUGCUGGAGGAGUACACUUUAUUAUGCUCGGAGCCUAUGUGGACUACAACAUAACUGGUGCUCAGUAUUCGUGGCUGAUGGAUGACUUGCAUCGAGUGGAUCGCAGUUUAACCCCAUGGGUGGUUGCUGCUUGGCAUCCACCAUGGUACAAUAGCUAUAACUCCCAUUAUCAAGAGUUUGAAUGCAUGAGGCAACAAAUGGAAGCUCUUCUUUAUCAAUACAAAGUCGAUAUUGUGUUCAAUGGCCAUGUGCAUGCAUAUGAGAGGAUGAACAGAGUCUACAACUAUACACUGGACCCAUGUGGUCCUGUAUACAUAACAAUCGGGGAUGGUGGCAAUAUCGAGAAGGUCGACGUCGAUUUUGCAGAUGACCCUGGAAAGUGUCCUAAACCUGAGGACAACAAGCCUGAGUUUGGAGGUUUGUGUCCUCUGAAUUUCUCCUCCGGCCCUGCCAAAGGCAAAUUCUGCUGGAGCAAGCAACCUGAGUGGAGUGCUUACAGAGAGAGCAGCUUUGGACAUGGAAUACUCGAGGUUGUGAAUUCAACAUAUGCAUUGUGGACUUGGCAUAGGAAUCAGGAUGCCUACAAGGAAGACAAACCAGGCGAUCAGAUAUUCAUCGUGCGACAGCCUGGAUUAUGUUCUCCAACCACAAAAGAAAGUAGCGAUCCUCCUCAAGGUGCUCAAGCGUUGGAACCCGCGUCCCCAUCAUCUACCAGAAUUCUAUCAUACAAAAUGAUGUGGCUUAUGAGCUUGCUUGUUGUUUCGUUUGGCGUUGUCACGAGAUGACCGUCUUCAAAAGCGUGGAUCUUUUAAAUUUCGUUCUACAAUUACCUCGUACAGAUUAAGAAAGUUCUCGUGCGUAACUUCAUAUGGGAAUACUGGAACAAAGUUAUCUGCAUGCGUAAUCUGUCCAUGGAAAUACUCAAGAGUCAAGGUAAAGUAAAACUUGUGCAUACACAAUUUACACAUUUACUUGAAUACAGAUUCCACUUUUUCUUCUGUUUUAUUGACAUUCAUGAAGUCACAUAAAAUGUAAAUCUGGCACGAGUGCUGAGCAGACUGUCCAUAUUGCAUUCAAAAACACUAUGUAUUACCUUUGAAGUCUGAUGGUGGGCUAUCCAAUAGAAUAAUUCUAUAGUUGUC